AUGCGUGUGUCGGUUCUCAAUGACUGUUUAAACAACAUCCUCAACGCCGAAAGGCGAGGAAAACGCCAGGUCCUCAUCCGACCCAGCUCGAAAGUCAUCAUCCGUUUCUUGACUGUCAUGCAGAAACACGGAUACAUUGACGAAUUUGAGUACAUCGACGACCACCGUUCCGGCAAGAUCGUCGUCCAACUCAAUGGCCGUAUCAACAAGUGUGGUGUCGUUUCCCCCCGAUUCAACGUCCCUCUCGACCAAAUUGAAAACUGGGUUGACCGGCUCAUGCCCGCCCGUUCGUUCGGCAUCAUCAUACUGACAACUUCGGCCGGUAUCAUGGACCACGAGGAGGCCCGACGGAAGCACGUGGCUGGAAAGAUCCUUGGAUAUGUCUUUUAA